AGCUCUGACGGAAGGCUGGCCCACUGGAUAUAUAAUGCCAUUCGAAGGUAAGUCGAAUCAUUCCGAGCUGAACACCAGUACAGUAGGACUAGGUCACAAUGGCAGUCGUGCAUGGAAACCUUGGGAAUGGACCCUUAAAACAAUUCCAGCUGUUUCCUACCGCGGAUUUGGAAAGGAGGACUAACAUACACACAACAGAUUACGCAGCUCAAGACCGGAUGAGGUUCCUCAAUGGCGCCUCCAGAGCGGACAGCGCGAGCUUGUUUACGCACCGCAGAAAACGCACCAACUUCACGCAGCAGCAGAUUGACGUCCUGGAGAAAGUCUACUUGGACACCAAAUACCCUGAUAUUUAUUUAAGAGAGAAACUUGAGGCACUGACCGGCUUGCCAGAGUCGAGAAUUCAGGUCUGGUUCCAGAACCGAAGAGCCAAGUCUCGGCGCCAGGUGGGAAUUCCUGUUCCAAAUAAGACCAGUGUAAAUGUUCCGACCACCAACAGUCUCCUUAUGAACCAGUUUACGAUACAUCAGAACCACACUGGCCUGGAGACACAAAGACUGCCAAAGUUUGCCACGAGGGACAACUUCAGUCAACAGCUGAUCAACUCCUCAGAUGAGAAGCUCUGCACCAUGGAAGGGGGCAUGUACAACCCAACCACGAUUCCAUGCAUGUUUAGCAGAACAGAGGAGAACCAGAUCAAGACGGAUCACCUGAGUGUCGUGGUGCCACGCAAUUACACACAGCAGUAUCCGAAGGGACACGGACAGUUUAUGAGCACCAGCCAUGCUAAGUCUACAAUGAAGCAGUUUUUGGUGGAGUAUGAUAACUUCCCUCCGAACAAGACCAUUGGGCCAGAGAUGAAGGUUGUUAUUCCACCUCUGCCAUCACAGAAUAACUUCAUGAUGUCUUCAUCAUCCCCCAAACAUGUCACCUGUUCUAUCCAAAGCAUGCCAGUAAAGGUCCAGCCGGGAAGUUUUGAAACUUUCUCUCCCAUUAGAGCAAGCGAAGCCGCCGAGUUCUCAGAUUCCGAUUCGGAUUGGGAAAGAGAAGCCAUGUCUGGUUUUAAUGGGUUUAUUUAGCGUUUUCAAUUGAUCACUCACAGACUUUAUCUGAAGCUUUGAAGAACAUUUAAGCUUUGAAAAUCAGAUAUUUAUUGUAUAUUUCAGAUAUUAUUGUAUGUUAUGUGUGAUUGACACAAUAUGGAUGUAAAGACAUUCUGCAUU